AUCAAUAUCUUACUCCGACGAUCCCAAUGACCUGAGAAGAUGUCCUCUAUGUACUCAUAUCCUAUCAACCGCGGCAUACCUUCAUGGUUUACCACCUUGCAACACCAUAAACAAGUACUGUCUGGUAUCUUUCGAAGCAACAUCCUCGACCGGGUGAACGUUUUAGGAGACAAUCGCGAGCUCGGACAUACAGGUUGUGUCAAUGCCUUGCACUGGGCUCAAAAUGGGGAGCUGCUCUUGAGUGCAGGCGAUGAUAGAACGGUACAAGUUUGGCGGAUGGACUCAAUCACUGCCCAAGAAUUCCCUGCUACGUGCAAUGAUUAUCCUUUCGUGUGUCGGACUAUCAUUAAUACAGGGCAUCGAGCGAAUAUAUUCAACGCACAUAUGCUUCCAUACUCGUCUAGAAUAGUAACCGUUGCAGGCGAUAAUCAAGUUCGUGUAUUCGACGUGGGGCAUGACCAUGGCUCUAUGUCCUUUAGAAGGGACAGAAGGAAAGAAUAUCAUACGGAACACGCUCAAACCCAUACUUUCCGUUGCCAUACGGAUCGAGUGAAGAGAAUAGUGACGGAAAAUAGCCCUGAUCUAUUCCUGACGGUUUCAGAGGACGGCACAGUUCGUCAACACGAUCUACGGACACCUCAUUCGUGUCGUUCUGGAUCUUGUUCUCCUCCAAUAUUAAACGUAGAGCAUGAACUGUCCACGCUGGCCCUUUCUCCCCUCACUCCCUACCAGCUAGUCGUGGCAGGUUCGUCGCCCUAUGGUUACCUUUUCGACCGUCGUUAUACUGGUCGGAUUCUCCAGGAAGAAUGGGGUUUGCGACCAAACGGUGUCACGACUUGUGUCAGGCGAUUUGGACGACCGGAGGGAAGUAGGCGCCAGGUCAUGCACCGUGAACACAUAACUGGUGCUAGAAUGGCAUCAGAAAAUGGACAUGAGGUGCUUUUAUCGUAUUCAGGAGACGCCAUUUAUCUCUACUCAACCCUUGACGACCCCGAGCCCCCGAGACCUUCCACAUCCAUGCUGAAAGCCAAGUCUAAACGCCGUAAGAUCUCUCCAUUUUCUGCGGGACAGGACGAGGAUAGCUCAAGGGGAUCAGAUGUUGAAUCCGAGCUUGAGAUGGAUGACGAUGGUAGUAAAGCAGGCUCUGAUAGUCCAUCCUUAGAGACAGAAGAAGACCAUGAAGUGGAAGAUGACGAGGAUGACGAUGAAGAAGAUGACAACGCCUUUAAUCCUUGGGUUCCUGUGAUCAUGCCUCAAAAGCGCUACGCUGGAACCAGAAACACGGACACGGUCAAGGACGGUGAGGUUCUUUUGUGCAUGACCCGCUACCAUGCGUAGUGAAAAUUUCCCUCAGUCAAUUUUCUCGGCCCUCAAGACGAAUAUGUGACUUCAGGGUCCGAUGACGGCAAUUUCUUCAUCUGGCGUAAAUCGUCUGGUGAUCUUCACGGGAUAUACGAAGGAGACGGUAGUGUCGUCAAUGUCAUCGAACCCCACCCAAAGCUUCCACUGGUAGCAGUGAGUGGUAUCGACCAUACUGUCAAGCUUUUCGCUCCAACACGGGGUGAAAGUCGAUUUUCUAGAAUGCAGGAUGCUGAGAAUAUAAUAAAAAAUAAUCAACAGCAAAACACGAGAGCUUUCCGAACGAUCCCUCGGGUUGACUUUAUCCACCUGUUGAUGUCAAUACAGGCAGCCUCACGAGGAGAGGGCUCGGACGACGAUAGUUCUGUGAAUGAGUGUAUUAACCAGUGAUAUCCUUUGUACUUAUGUAAUGUUAUUCUUGUAAAAUUAGAUGUUCAAGUACAGGUA